AUGUUAAGGACUCGCACUCGGACUCGGCCAGAAUUUUUAAUGACCCGGACUCGAUAUAUAUAUAUAUCGAAAAUAAUGUUCAGAUACAAUAUCCAUUUUUAUGUAAUACUUAUUCCAUUAUGUUUUUCAUUAAAAUAUCUUCCCGAAACAUCGAUUAAAGAAGAAUUAUCGAUCGGUUCAUUUAUAACAACGUUAACGGAUAAAAUUCCGAAUUUAGAUCAAUCGGAUGCCUACGAUUUAGUUUCCACAUCAAAUGAUUUAGAUUUAUUUUCAAUUAAUCAUACACAGCAGACAAUUAUUGUAAAAAAACGUAUUGAUUUCGAACAAUUAUGUGUUGAAAAACAUAUAUGUAAUUGUAAACAUUGUUUAAUCUAUACAAAUAUCGCCGUAUCUAAUUUAUUGACAAUUGAUGUUUAUACUCUACCAAUUCAUAUAAUUAACAUUGAUGAUAACAAACUAUACUUUAAUAUUAAUCGAACAGUAAUUGAAAUCGAAGAAAAUAUAUCACCAACAUCACAUCUAUAUUUUCCAUUACCAAUGGCUAUCGAUGAUGAUUUUGAUAGUCAAAUUACCUAUGAAUUAUAUACAGCUAACUGGCAACCAACAACAUUAUUUCGUUUAAUUAACUCAACAGCAACAAAAAUUAAUAAAAAGAAUAUUCAACUUGGUUAUGAUAAUAGUAGUUCAUCAUCAUUAUAUUUAGAACCAUUGAAAUCAUUUGAUCGUGAACAACAAUAUAUCUAUUUAAUGCGUCUUGUAGCUAAAAGUGGACUAUAUCAAACAUCAACAGAUAUUGUUGUACUUAUAACAGAUGUAAAUGACAAUGUUCCACAAUGUGACCAAUCUAAUUAUAAAAUAUCGAUUAAUUCUAUGAAUGAUAAUAAUAUAACACGAAUAACAGCAUAUGAUUUAGAUCAAGGAGAAAAUGCUCGAAUUGUAUACACUAUUGUCAAUCAACAUAUUUAUCCUAAUAAUUUAUUUACUAUUGAUCAAAUCAAUGGAAAUAUUAAAUUUACUUAUAAAAAUUGGACAAGUUAUUUGGAUGAUUUUACAAAUGAAAAUAGUACAAAUAAUUUAUUUCAAUUAAAAAUUAAUUUAACAGAUUCUGGAAAACCCAAUCAAUUGUCAUCCGAAUGUGUGGUAGAAUUAGAAUUUACAUCAGUACUAGAUAUAGUUAUUCAUCUACACGAACAUCUCAUAACGAAUGAAACAGGUAUGACAUUCGAUAGUCACGGUUAACAGAAGAUAUUGUCUGCGCCCUGUGAUCUAAUUCAGAGACAGAUGAGUAAACACAAUUUUUUGAGUAUAUCGCACAAGGGGGAAAAGGCAACUGAGGGAUCCAUGCAGAUCCACACGGAUACAAAAGGUGUCUAGAAUGAAAGAGCAUGUGAUUUUAUGGUGUUUCAGAUCCUUGGUUUCCUUUCGGACUUGAUAUCUGUGAGAAAAUCGAUUAACUUUGGCCAAUAUCUUUGCGAACACAUUGUGAUGUAUUUUUUGUACUUUUCUCGGAAUGAAACAAUUUUGAAGGAAAGUCAAUGGAUAUUACUACUGGAGAGUGAUGUUUUCGGCAUUGACGGAUAGACUCAACCCAUAUAAAACUUACCAC